UCCAGUAACUUCCUCCUCCCCCACCCCACCUUCCUGUUCCCCUACCUAGACCAAGUCCACUCGCAGCUCCCAGAUGUCCAGUUCUGGAGAACUGGUCCUAGAGUGAGGACCCUCUGGAGAAGGCCCCACUUCACCAGCUGCCCAGACAAGAUGUGGUGCUUAUUCCUCUGGGGAGUCCUCCAGGCUUGCGCCACACAGGGCUUCGUCCUCUUGGCCCAGCAGCAGCCCCAGCGGUUUGCCUCUCCUGGGUACCCCGGGCCGUACCUGAAAGGCCAAGAAAGCACCCUUGACAUUGAGGCUCCAGAGGGCUUGGCUGUGGGGCUCAUCUUCCAGGACUUUGACCUGGAAACGUCCCCAAACUGUGAGGGGGAUGCCGUCACGAUCUCAGCCGGUGGGAAGGAGAUGUGCCGGCUCUGCGGUCAGCUGAACUCUGCCCCGGGCAGCUUUCCUGCUCAGAGGGAGUUCGUGUCCCCAGGCAGGCGUUUACAGCUGAGCUUCCACACACGCGGUUCCUGCAAAGACCAGGGCGCUCACCCCCACAAGGGCUUCCUGGCCCUCUACCAAGCUGUGGCCAUGAAUGCUGACCUGCCCUCCUCCCGGGCCAGCAGGGACCCUGAGACGGUGAACGCAUCAGUGGACGGCUCCUCCAGGAUCCAGAGCCACUGCCGGGAACCCUACUAUCAGGCGGUCUUCCCAGGGACAGCCACCUGCGCAGCAUCAGGCGCCUGGAAGGACCAACAGGAGAGGGAGGAGGUUCCUCACUGUGUGCCUGUGUGUGGGCGGCCAGUCACCCCCAUUAUCCAGGACCAGACGACCCGCGGUUCCUCCAGCGCUAAGUUGGGUAACUUCCCCUGGCAAGCCUUUACUAGCAUCUACGGCCGCGGCGGUGGGGCCCUGCUGGGAGACCGAUGGAUCCUAACGGCCGCCCACACCAUCCACCCCAAGGACAGUGUUUCUGCCAGGAGGAAGCCACGCGUGGAUGUGUAUUUGGGCCACACGGACAUCGAAGAGCUGCUGAAGCUGGGCAGCUACCCCGUGCGCCGCGUGGUGGUGCACCCAGAUUACCACCAGGCGGAGUCCCACGACUUCAACGGGGACAUCGCCCUGCUGGAGCUCCAGCAGCGCGUCGAGCUAGGUCCCCACCUCCUCCCUGUCUGUCUGCCAGAUAAUGAGGCUCUCUACGAAGCCGGCGUGCAGGGCUACAUCAGUGGGUUUGGCAUGGAGAUGGGCAGGUUGACCACCCAGUUAAAGUACUCGAGGCUGCCCGUGGCCCCCAGAGAGGCCUGUGAGGCCUGGCUCCGGGAGAAGGGGCGGAUGGAGGUGUUCUCAGACAAUAUGAUCUGUGUUGGGGGCAAUGUGCAGCGAGACAGUGGCUGCCAGGGGGACAGUGGCAGUGUUUACGUGGUUUGGGACGCCCGUGCCCAUCGCUGGGUGGCCACAGGCAUCGUGUCCUGGGGCGUCGGGUGUGCCACUGGCUAUGGCUUCUACACCAAAGUGCUGAACUAUGUGGAGUGGAUCAAGGCAGUGAUGGGCAGCACAGAGUGAGCCUGGGAUUCGUGGCAGGGACUGACCGGCACCAAGAUGAAGCAAGCUGCCCUGUAAGAGAGCUCCUCUCCUCUGGGCCUACUGCACCCCACAAAGGAAGUGGGGAUCCCCCAGCACCCUGUGUCCCUCUGCCUUCCGGUGCUUUGGCACCAGGGCAUCCCCCUAUGGUUCAGCAAUUGCCACCUUCUUACACUUCAUCCCUUAAUACAGCUUCUUCCGUACCUGCUUGUGAAAGAGCCACCUGCUCACAUAUUCAAGCGGACAGAGUGCGGAUGGAGGGGCCGUCACAGCACUCGUUUCUGAUGCCUCUCAAGGACCCUGCAGCUGACUUCCAAGUCGUCAGACUGUCAGCCCUGACAGUGACAGCUCUCUGUCUCCUGUGGGCACCAGGUGUCUCAUGUAUCAUCUCACCUAACCUCACACUGUGUUUGCAGAAAACCUGUUAUAAUCGGCCUUGCACACAGAGUUAAAGGGACUCAAGCCAGAGCACCCCCAAACUUGUGUGUCACUCCAAGGCUGUGGGGCACCUCUCAGCCACCCUCCAGGCUUUCCCAGGGCCUCAUUC